UUCUCUUUCUAGGUCUUAAAACCCUUCCUCUUCGAGCUUUGAAUCUCUCUCUCACUUCGAGCUUCAGGCUGUUCGUAUCGUCGGCGAGGAAACGAUACAGCGGCCAUGGCGGCACCUGAAGCUCCUCUCUGCUAUGUCGGCGUUGCCAGACAAUCCGCUGCUUUCCGCCUCAUGAAACAAAUGGGGUGGGAAGAAGGAGAAGGACUCGGUAAAGACAAACAAGGAAUCAAAGGACACGUUCGAGUCAAAAACAAACAAGAUACUACUGGCAUUGGUUUAGAGAAGCCUAAUGCUUGGGCAUUUGACACCACUCAAUUUGAUGGUAUUCUGAAAAGAUUGAAAGUGCAAACUGCACAACCUGAUGCAAAGAAAACAGAAGUUGAAGAUGAGUCAGAAUCAGAAUCAGAAGAAGAGGCAGAAGUGCAAAAGCAAAUUGAGGAGAAAGUUGCCAAGGUUACUCGACCACAGGGAAGAUAUAUGAGAAGAGAGAGAGCAAAGCUUGUUCAUUCCUAUUCGGCGAAGGAUCUUGAAGGCAUCCUUGCAAAGGUCGAGGAGCCUACUGCAACAAAUCCUAGUCUCAGUGGUCAAGUGAAGGAGUUGGAGAAGGCAUCUGAAGCUGAAUGUCAUAUUAUAUUUGCUGAGGGUAACAUGCUGGAAGAGAUCUCUCCAGAUUGGUGGGGCUUUAAACUUGGGUUUACCUCUGGGGGUCUUCUAGGAGCGGAAUCUAGAAGAAAGUUACAAAGUGAAAAGUCAAAGACAAGAACUGCAUUUCACGAGGAUGAUCAGGAGAAUCUUUACAAUCUUGUUCAAGAUAAUGCCACAACCGGAAAGCAAGGGCUAGGAAUCAAAGACCGGACCAAAAAGAUAGCUGGUUGUUACUUUCAGGGGAAGAAGACAUCAUUUAGUGACAAUGAUGAUGAAGAAUCUUCCGAUCCUGAUUGUUCGGAAACCGAAAAACUUGAUGUCUCUUUAGAAAUGGAAAAGACAAAGGAACCAAAAAUUAAGUUGAAAAAGCUUUGCAAGAAGCUUAUUCGUCAGGUACCUGGCGAGUCAAUAAAGCUAAAGGAUCUAAAAACCUUGAUCAAUGAAAAUUCAUCUGCCGUUUUUUCAGACUUCUCUUCUAAAAAAGAAGCUCUUUCUUACUUAAAACAGAAGCUGAGUGGAAGUAAGAAGUUUGCGAUUGAAGGCAAAAGAGUGAGACUCGCAUCAAGGAGGAACUAAAACAAUUUUGGUAGAAAUUUUGAGGUGCCAUUAUUUAUUUUAUCUAAGAUUUUGAGAUGUCUGUAGCUGGAUCUGUACAUUGCAGUGCAGUAUCAGUCCAAUUCAUAUUCAAAUCUUCCUACAUACAAUUUUGUGUUGCUUGAUCUGUUGUAGUAAUUAGUAGAUAGUGCAAAAUUAGCAAUUUCAAUAUAUAUUACGAAAAGUAUAAAUCCCUUCUCGUUGGAGGGAUGUGAUUAUUGUAGACGAUUGUGCUUAGAAAGGCAUUCUUCAAUGAAUACUGUUUAAAUGUA